AUGACUCACUUCCCUACCGACCUCGACCCUCUCUUCCUUAGGGAACAUCAUCUCAGUCUCACCAGACAACAGUCAAAUUCUUCAGAUUCCUCAAAUUCCUCAAAUUCUACCAUGAACAGUCAUUACAAAGAAGAUGAUCAUGAUACAAUGUCAGAUCAUCCCAUCCCUCGCAUGCCUACUCUUCGUCAAUUCUUCAAAUCCGCGACUGCUACAGAUCACUCUAGUCGAACAAAGACAGAGAACCUCAAUAGACUUGUAUCAUUUUAUUUCAUUUUUCUCAUGUAA